CCCGUCCUGGCGACCUUUUUGCCCUUCCUCACCACACCAUACGGGCCGACCAUCAACAUCCCAAGAAUCUCAAUACUGUCAUUUAGUACAAUUUGAGAUUUCUUCCAUGACCCUGUCAAUCUUUCCUUUUGUGUGUCAAUUCUUACCACCUUUCUCUCCGUCCCCAAGAUCCAAACACUCAUUCCGUCACUCGUCCAAUUGCCCCUCUGAAUCCCUAUAUUGAUCACUUCUCAAUACACAUAAAUCAGACAUGUUCAAGCAUUCCCAUAGAUCAAAUGAUCGCGUGGAAAAGAACAUCAAAUUGAAGAAGUCGUAUAGGGAUCCGGCGAAGUUGUCGAGAUUGCAAAAGUCGUUCGAUCAAGGCCCUCCCGUUGCGAGGUAAGGCUGAGUAAUAUGUAAUUGAGUUGAAAGUAGAUCAAAACUGAUGGAUUAUUCCCAUAGCAGCCUGACUUCUCCAAUUGUAACAUUUACAGUUGGUAGGGAGGGACGACUCUUUGCCGCGCACGAAGAUGUACUCUCCUUAUCACCGUAUUUUGCGACGGCAAUGAGAGGACAAUUUUUAGAGGCGCAGAGUAAGAAGAUCUCUUUACCAGACGAAGAACCCGAAAUAUUUUCUUGUGUUCUCGAAUAUCUUUACGUACGUUCACCAGCGAUGUAUAAUGCACAACGAUUAUCUCAGUAGUACUGAUGUAUUUACAGAAGGGUGACUACUAUCCCCGUUUGAUUCACAACAAACGCCGAAACUCUUGGGAACUCGAGGAUGCAGAUCAUUCCCUCAACCCCGAAAAUCCUGGUGGUCGCGGAUCGGUAGAGGCUACAAGCUAUAUAUCCAGCGUGGGAGAACAACUUUUAAAGGAUACAGUCAUAUACUGCGCUGCAGAAAAGUAUGGUCUCGAGGAACUCAAACGCGUUGCUCUUCAGAAGCAAGGUUUACAGAGUGGAAUCGAGGUUGCUACAAUUCUUCGCAGUGCUCGGUAUGCUUAUGACAACACGCCGGACACGGACUCUAGGCUACGUGCUCAUUAUCUUGCCUUGAUCAUCAGAUGUCGCAAGACAUUUAAGAGGAGCGGAACCAUGCAGACAGAAAUGGAGAGUGGCGGUAAACUUUUCUUUGACCUUUUCGUGGCAUUAUGUAAUCAUGUGGAUGAUAUUGUGGAAAUCGGGUCAGCCACUUUCUCCUUUUCCGUGAACUACUAACCUGCUCUCCCAGGUUUACUGACUUUCAAGCUAGAACCUCCAAGUCCCCACGAACCAUCUAAAAUGUUGCGUAACUCAUGUUAGGUAUUUUCAGCACGGCGUCAAUUGUUUUUGAGGAUCGUUGUGCAUCUUCACCAAAUUUGAGAACCAUUUAGGAUAUUUUUGCAAUACUUGCACCAAAUCACUCCACUUCAACAUAUGAGGUUGGUUACCUUUUUUGACGAUAACACGAGAUUAUUUUUCAUCCUCUGUUUUCAAUCAAACCCCUUGCUAUCUCGCUUACCCGGUGUUCUUUUUAGCGGAAGGGAAUUCGCGUUUUUGCUUUCUUGCUUUCUAUACUAUUUCUCUAUCAACCCUCAUAAAUUGCUUGACCUACUCCGUGGGUAUGUUAAUUGUUGCGUUUGGAAUUGAAAAGGAAAUGGUAUGGGUGGAUUUACCGGUCGGGGCGACCUCCUCGCACCACUCUUUUUCUUAUUUCUGUUGGGAUGCAUGGAGAUGCUUUAGCUUUAGUUGUGUUUUCAUGAUCUUGAUGAUUGUGAACGGGUGAUCCCUAGUGGAUGCGCCAGACAAGCCCUCGUCAGGGCAAGAUAAUGAGAGAUUUGGCCACCUCAAUCUUAAUUUUCAAUG